AUGCUUGAACGCAGAGCAAGAAGAAAGCGAAAGAAGACAUGUUUAAGGUUUUUCCAACUGUACCAAACCAUCACUGCCUACUGCUUGGGCAACGGACUGGCCUACGAAGGUUCCUUAAUUGAUGGUGCUCCCUGCGGCGCCCCUUGGGGAGGCUUUGGCUGGUCUGGCUUAGACUGGAACGGUGCCGGUUGCGGUCUAGCAGCCAUUCCAACUGCUAGCGGCGGUGGUUUCCCUGUCGCCAGUGCGUCUCCCAUCCCGCCUGUUGGAGUGUCUGUUCUCUCAGAGAACGAGAUCGCAGGAAUCCUGGCUGUCGGUGGUGAGCUGCCUUUCCUAGGCACCGUUGGUCUGGAGGGUGUGCUUCCAACUGCUGGUGCUGGUGCCGUCUCUUACGGUUGCGGAAACGGUGCCGUGGGUAUAAUAAGCGAAGACAUCGCCGCGUCCGCUUGGGGUUAUCCGGGCGCCCCUGGGUUGGGUUACGGACCUGGCCUUGCUAACGGAUUUGGUUACGGUCCCGGUCUCGCUGGACGCGCCAUCGGUGGUUGCGGAUGCGGUAUCUAUUAA